UGGAAGUUGGAAGUUUGUUUGCGGGGUAAACUACGGCGAAUUUCCUAUUUAGCUGUAGUGUCUCCUGCGGGAUAUGGCCGAAAUACCACCACGGCACUUUCUCUUUCGGUAUAGCGACAUGAGCUUCACUAACCGACGACAAGCCACAGGGAGCUACACUAAGCUAAGAUCACUGCUAAUUUUUGGCCGAGCCGUCCAUGGAUGGAAAUGAAGAAGGUGAAGAAGAUGAAGAAGAAAUGAUGCUGAUGAAGAUAUACAGAUUAUGCACAUACAAUACAAUAUACAAUCUUAUGCACACAUACAUAUACAUCCCCAACAACGGCCUUGUUAUCCCUAAAAUUCGGCCCGUCACAUAUUAUUCUCAGGCCACAGGCAAAAUGAUCAGCUAGGAUUGAGCUCUUGGCACUGAGAGAAUCAAGCUGGAAACAUGCAGAUUGUACGAAGCAUAAGCCCUAUGAGCCUCCAUAAGCACACCGGAACGCCUCGGAGAACGGUGGCCCUUCUGGCUCCCAGCCGGCCUUGGAAUAUCUUCGGGCCUUUUACACUUUUUACUAGAGUACUCUACCUACCGUUAGUAGAGUUGACGUGUAUCCACUCGUAUGCGGGGAUUGAGGGGAUUGAGGGGUAAGACAAUACUCGAGUACUGGAGUACUGGGGUUUAGUAUUGUCCAUUGAGCUCUCUAGUAUAUCCUACCGUGCAAGGUUACUCCACCCCGUCUGGUCAGUCAGUUCUGGGUAGACUGACUAGAAGGAGUAUUAAAGUCGAGGUAUGACCCGGAUGAUUCGUGAUCUUCACCUCACCUCACCCUCACCACCAUCCCUAUCACAAUGAAGGUCGCACUUUCCUGGGUGUUGGCAGCCGCCGCGGCUGUCUCUGCCACCACUUCAAUUGAAUACCGCACUACCUCCAAUGGCGACCCUCUGGCAAAAUGUCCAGGUUACAAGGCCUCAAACGUCAAGGUUGGCAAGUCGAGUAUCACAGCCGACCUGACGCUCGCUGGAAAGGCCUGCAAUGUCUACGGUGAUGACCUGAAGAGCCUGACCUUGGAGGUCGAGUACCAGUCUGAUGACCGCAUCCACGUCAAGAUUCAAGAUGCUGCCAACAGCGUCUACCAGGUCCCAGAGAGCGUCCUCCCGCGCCCCAAGGCAAAGGCUGGUAUCAAGUCGGCCAAGUCCAACAUCCAGUUCAAGUACAAGUCAAACCCGUUCUCCUUCUCCAUUGUUCGCACGAAGACUGGCGAAGUCCUUUUCGAUUCUUCUGCCGCAAGCAUCGUCUUUGAGUCCCAGUACCUCCGCCUGAGGACCAAGCUCCCAAACAACCCCAACUUGUACGGUCUGGGAGAGCACUCUGACUCGUUCCGCCUCAACACCACCAACUACAUCCGCACUCUCUGGUCGCAGGAUGCCUACGGAAUCCCAGCCGGUGCUAACUUGUACGGAAACCACCCCGUCUACUACGAGCACAGGACCACGGGCAGCCAUGGUGUCUUCUUCCUCAACUCCAAUGGCAUGGAUAUCAAGAUCAACAACGACAAGGGCAAGAACCAGUACUUGGAGUACAACACUCUUGGUGGCGUCUUGGACUUCUACUUCAUCGCUGGACCAACCCCAGUGGCUGUUGCACAGCAGUAUGCCGAAGUCGUGGGCUUGCCCGCCAUGAUGCCCUACUGGGGACUCGGUUACCACAAUUGCCGAUACGGAUACCAGGAUGCCUUCGAGGUUGCUGAAGUGAUUCACAACUACUCCGUGGCUGCGAUUCCUUUGGAGACAAUGUGGACCGAUAUCGACUACAUGGACAGAAGAAGGGUCUUCUCGCUUGACCCCGAGCGAUUCCCUCUCAAGAAGAUGCAGGCGAUUAACGAUUAUCUCCAUGCCCGCGACCAGAAGCAGAUUGUUAUGGUGGACCCGGCUGUCGCCUACCAAGAUUACCCGCCAUACCACAGCGGUGUUGCAGAUGAUAUCUUCCUUAAGCGCGACAAUGGAUCCGACUGGUUGGGCGUUGUGUGGCCUGGUGUUUCGGUCUUCCCCGAUUGGUUCCAUACCGGUGUCCAGGACUGGUGGAACAACGAGUUUGCUUCUUUCUUUGCCGUCGACGGAGUCAACAUUGACGGUCUGUGGAUUGAUAUGAACGAGCCCUCUAACUUCCCUUGCAACUUCCCUUGUGACAACCCAUUUGCUGCCGCCGUUGGAUUUCCUCCUGAGGCACCAGCAGUGCGCCUGCCACCCAGAGCGCUUCCAGGUUUCCCAUGUGAUUUCCAACCCGAGGGAACACCAUGCACAGCGUCCAAGGAGAGACGCGCAAUCGAGGCCCCAGUUGUGUCAUCAUCCAAGGUCGAGCGCCAGGCAGCUGGACAGCAACUUGGCCUCCCAGGCAGAGACUUACUGUACCCCAAGUACGCCAUCCACAACGUAGCGGCAUACACAGUUGAGGAUAACGCAGCCGGCGGUGGUAUCUCCAACCACACCGUCAACACCGAUGUCAUCCACGCCAACGGUCUUGCCAUGUACGACACUCACAACCUCUACGGCUCAAUGAUGUCCGUCGCCUCCCGCGAGGCCAUGCAGUUCCGCCGCCCCACCGAGCGCCCUCUGAUCAUUACCCGCAGCACCUUUGCCGGCGCCGGAACCAAGGUCGGCAAGUGGCUCGGUGACAACGUCAGCUCGUGGCUCGGAUACCGCAUCACCAUCAGAGGCAUGCUCGCCUUCGCCUCCGUCUACCAAGUCCCCAUGGUCGGCUCCGACGUGUGCGGUUUCGCCGACGACACCAACGAGAAGCUCUGCGCCCGCUGGGCCAUGCUCGGCGCCUUCGCUCCCUUCUACCGCAACCACAACGGCUACAUCCCCCAGAUCCCGCAGGAGUUCUACCGCUGGGACAGCGUCGCCGAGGCUGCCCGCAAGGCAAUCGACAUCCGUUACCGCCUGCUCGAUUACAUCUACACCGCUCUCCACCGCCAGACCCUCGACGGCACCCCGCUCGUCAGCCCGCUCUUCUACCUCUACCCCAACGACGCCAACACCUUCGGCAUCGAGACCCAAUACUUCUUCGGCCCCGGCAUCCUCGUCAGCCCCGUCAUCGAGGAGGACUCCACCUCCGUCUCCGCCUACCUCCCCAAGGACAUCUUCUACGACUUCUACACCCACGCCAAGGUCCAGGGCCAGGGCAAGCGCGUCCUCAUCGAGAACCUGAGCACCUCCGAUAUCCCCCUCCACUACCGCGGCGGCGCCAUCAUCGCCCAGCGCGUCGAGAGCGCCAUGACCACCACCGCGCUCCGCAAGAACGAUUUCGAGCUCAUCGUCGCCAUCGGUGCCAACGGAAAGGCCGAGGGAGAGCUGUACCUCGAUGACGGUAUUAGCCUUGUCCAGAAGGGCACGACCAGCUUGAAGUUCGUGUAUGAUGGCAAGACCCUCAAGGUUAAGGGAAGCUACGGAUAUGCUUCCAAGGUGCAGAUUAGACAGGUUACCUUCCUUGGACUGAACCUCGGUGGAGGCGGUGGCAAGGGCAAGGGAUGCAAGGUUAAUGGCGUUGCGAGCAAGACUGCGGUUACGGCUACUUCGGGAGCUGUGGUUGUCCAGGUUGGCAAGGGACUGAGCGCUGACUUCACUGUCGAGGUUGACCAGUAGAUUUGUAAUUAUGGGUGGACUGACUACUCUGUCCACCGCACCUGAGGUAUUGUAAUAGGAUAAAAGCUUAAUCAUCAUUAUUACCCAG